ACGACCACAUCCCAACUCUUCAACUCAACCAUGCCUCGCUCAUCCGUCCUCGAACAACCAUUUCAUCCACCCACCAUGAUGUACGACAACCCCGCCUCUUUCAACGUCGAAGACUUCUUCAACCUCGAUAUGCUCAUCCCCGCAAAUGACGAUGCCGCCCCCUCAGUAUCUCCAUCCUCCGCAACAGCUGACCAAAGCCACCCCGGUUUCGCCUCAUCUUCCUCUCGUGCCUCCUCUGAGGCACGUACAGAUUCACCCUCCGCCGACUUUGCCAAUCUCAGGACUCCCUCGGAGCCUGAUGCGCUUCAGUCUUUUGACAUGUCUGGCCUCGGCCUCGGCAUGGGUGUCGAUAUGUCUGCAUUUGGUGGCUUGCCACCCAUCCAGGAAGAGUCCAUGUUCACCAUCGGUAGCAGUGGCGGCGACUACUUCAAGCCGGGCACCGACCCGCUUGCUGGUCUCUCCCAUACCCCCUUCGACCUUUUCGGUUCGUUUGACUCGGUCUUGGGGAACGCCACUUCUGAUGCGCCCGUGAACGCAUCCGCUCCUUCUACAAAUUCUGCGACAACCUCGAACAAUUCGUCACACGCGUUUGCCAUCGACCCUCAGCUAGUUGGCACACCCGCUCCGUCGUCGACAGAAUCGCCCUCUGAUAUCGGAGCCGAACCGGAUUCCGAGGACGAUGAGCCGCGAGAUCUUGUCAUCGCUCCCGUCAAAGUUGGUGGAAAGGGUAAGGCUCGUCGCGGUACGCUCCAAUCUGGUGGCGUAUCAAAAAAGCCGGCCUUGCCUGGACCACAGAGCAUCUUUGGUUCCUUGUCUGCCAAUGAAGGUCCUAGCUCGGUUGUGGGCAAGAGCGGCAGCAAAGGUGCCGGCAAGUCCAAGGAUGCUGGGAAGAGGGGCUCGAAAGAUAAGGAUCAGGAUGAUGAUGAAAAGGAUGAUGACAUCGAUGAUUGGCGACCGAGUCCCGAGGAAUAUGCCAAGAUGAGCAGCAAAGAAAAACGCCAGCUACGCAACAAGAUUAGUGCGCGCAACUUCCGGAUACGCAGAAAAGAAUACAUCCACACCCUUGAAGGUGACAUCGCUGACCGCGACCGACUGAUUGAUGCUAUCCGUUCGGAGCUCGGUAGCACCCAGUCGGAGAAUUCUGCACUGCGACAGGAAGUCGCUGCCCUGAAGAAGGCGAUUCUUGAGGGCCGUGCGAGCCCCAUGCUGCCUCCACCUGCACCAUUGUCACCCCUAUCUCCACUCUCAUCGUUCUCUCCUUUACCUGGAUUGACUUCAAACAACAAUGCUAGUGCGACUGGUUCUGGGAGCAAUGCUAGCAACAGCAGUAAUAUCAUCAAGCCCAAUACCCACAAAGACCUGCCAACGAGCCCGCGGCUCGGUGCUUCUCCGUUUUGGGGUGGUCAGGCAGCGUUUGGCAACUUUGGUGGGAUCACUCCUGUGCAUACCGCAAUCAUUCCAGAGACGACGACGACGGUUUUUGGUGGUGCGGCGACGGACCGUCGGAAGGAGAAUAUCAAUCCGGCACUGAACGGACAGCCAGAACAGUCACAACAACAGCACCAAGCUAUGAGCCAGGUUCUCUCGCAAUUGUACGGUCAUGGUUCGCCGAAUCCGUUCGAUUCCUUCACAGAUGUAAACCCAUUUACACUGAAGACGCUCGAUGCAUACAGAAUGCAGCUGUGGACGCGUGUCGCUAUGCAGACCCAGCAGGCACAGCGUAUGCGCCCAUCAAACAACGGCACCGGUUAUCCAUCUCCUCACUCCUCUCCCUCACAAUCCCCAAAGCCGACUGGCAGCCAGAAUUUGGGACUGUCGGGCCUCGCAAACAACUUGCGUCCCCAAUAUUUCUCUUCGGCAGCGACACCGGCGGGUUCUCAUUCUGGUACUGGCAAAGCACCAUUUGGUUCCUUAUUGUCCGGCAAGGGAUUGCCGUACGCUUAUUCCAGCCACGGACAACUGCACUCGAGUGUCAACCCGCAUGGCCAUGGCCUUCCAACUCCGCCAUCGAGCCCGCGCAUUGGCGAGAAGGAGCGUGCACAACAACAAGCGCAGAACCGCCGUGCGCAACAGCAGAGGGAACAGGUGCAGACGCAUGCACUAUUGGCAAACCUGGCGAGCCAGACGAUCUUGCAGAAGUUGGGUCACGCACUCUGGGAUGCAUUCUCUGGAGCUGGCACCGGCUCUUCACCGGUACCUUCUCACCUCGCGUCGGCAGCAACUGGCAGUCGUGCGUGGGAUGCAGACAAAGUUCGUCGAAUUCUCGAUGGUACGGCUGUACUUCAGGUUGUCGACGUCGACCGAAAGCCUUCCGCAUCCACUGCGUCUUCGUCCGCAGAUGCUCUUGCGGAUAGUUUGUGUUCAAUGUCUUUGGGUAAUGCAAAGCAGGAGAAGAAAGAGGGUGCCGAGAAAAAGGGAUUUUUUAAGAAGAUGAGCUGUGGAGGUUGCUCAAAGCAGUGACUUGGGAGAUUUGGGGUGUAAAGAAACUCGGAUGACGGGAGUCUGGACGUCGGGAAGGAAACUGCAGGCAAGCACUUUCGACGUCGAAGUAAUUCUACAAGGGACGGUUCGAGGAUCAUUUAUCAAGUGAUAGAAUAGCCAACGACACGCAAUUUUUCGGGUGACGACACAUUCGUAGUAUUUCCACUUUUUUUCGUGAUCUUUUCCGCUUACUCAAUGGACACAAUCCACUGUUCUUCAUCCACUCUCCUUGAUUCUAGUCAUCAGAAAACACACACUCGUUCUUUUUUUCCAGUUUGAUUCUCGAUGCAUCGUCCAUUCAACUCUUCCUUGGCUGCUUCCUUCCACGUCCACCAACAUUGUCGUACGGUGGAAUUCAAUUACCGUCCCGAUUGGGUUUCACGAGGCAUUACAGCCUUCCGCUGCUGUCCUGGUCCAUUUUCCCUCCGAGUUUUUGUCGGUUGCCACGCUGGCUUCCUUAAAGCUACAAUGGUUUCCUACUUGAUGCUUGUCUUGCUAAACACUAACCAGUUUGCACCCUUUAAUAUUUUCCCUCUUCGCUAUCUUUUCGCCUCAGUGUUUGCUACUUGCAUGUGCAAAGCGAGCGCCUGGCUUACCACUUCCAAUCGAUCCCCGUAUUCUACUUUUCGUUUUCCUAUUAUAUUCUGCUCGUAGUAAAGUUUUGUGCUUUUAUUUUUCUCCGUCUCUCGAUCGUCUCCCAUGUUCCAAACGUACAAAUCGAUUAUCACUGGUGAAUAAGGGGUUGCAGAAUAGUGUUGAUUGUCUCUCUGUCUUGCACAUGUAAAAAAAUGUCUCUCGUACCUCAAUGCAAUACGUAUUUUAUAUCU